CACCCACCCACCCACACACACAAACACACGCACACACACUUCAGAAGACAGCGAGAGCUCGAUCUGAUCACUUAUUUACUUUCUACCGAUCAGCAGGCUGUAGUUUCUUGAGGGACACCCAGAGAAACCUGCCAGUGGCGCCAGAUGGAGCCUCCGGACAACCCGGGAGAGAGCCCGGUGGAGUUAACGGUGGAGAAUGUGGAAUCGGCUCUCUACCAGCUCUACUUUGAUCCCGACAUGGAGCGUAAGAACGUGGCCCAGAAGUGGCUGACCCAGGCCCAGGGCUCCGCACAGGCCUGGCAGUUCUGCUGGGCCCUGCUCAGCCCGGACAAGCUCCCGGAGGUUCAGUUUUUUGGAGCCAGCACCCUCCACACCAAGAUCUCCCGCCACUGGAGCGACCUCCCCGCUGACCAGCAUGACACCCUCAGGAUGCAGCUCCUCUCCCACAUCUUGCACUUCUCCUCGGGGCCCAGAAUGGUGCUGACUCGCCUGUGUGUCUCCCUGGCUUCCAUGGCUCUUAACCUAAUCCCCCAGGCGUGGUCUCAUCCGGUGGCGGACAUGGUGAGGGCAUUCCAGCCACAGAAACCAGCUUUUGAAGGGGGCUCUGGUGCCGAGGCCCCUCAGGACCCCCAGGCCCACUGCCUGGCGCUGCUGGAGCUCCUCACCGUGCUCCCUGAGGAGUUCCAGUGCAGCCGGCUGGCUCAGGCUCGCCGCACGCAGCUGAGAGGGGCCCUGUCUGCGGAGUGGGCGGUGGUGUGUCCCAUGCUGCGUCAGCUCCUCCAGAGCCAGGACUCCUCCAACCAGGUGAAGGAGAAGGUGCUGCGCUGCCUUUCCAGCUGGGUGGCGCUGGACGUGCCGUUGGGGGAGAGUCACGAGCUGGUGCAGGACUGUUUCGCCGCGCUGUCCAAUCCCGAGCUGUUUGACACGGCCGUGGAGACGAUAGUAAACGCCCUGUCACAGCCUGACUGCCAGAGGCAUACCGACGCUCUGGUGAACCUGAUGCCUCUGGUGCUGGGUCUCCAUGACCAGCUGAAGACUGCGGCUCAGGACGGGGACAUGGAAACCUCACAUGGGAUCUGUCGUAUCGCUGUUGCCAUGGGAGAAACACACUCCAGGGUUUUAUUGGAACAGUUGGAUCACUGGCAGGAGUAUCUGGCUUUGGUCAACAUGAUCCUGUACUGCACCGGUAUCCCUGGUCAUUACCCGGUCACCGAGACCACCAGCUCCCUCACACUCACCUUCUGGUACUCUCUGCAGGAUGACAUUUUGUCGUUCGAGGAGGAGAAACAGGCAGUUUAUCUCCAGGUUUACAGACCAGUUUACUUCCAGCUCGUGGAUGUGCUGCUACAAAAAUCCCACUAUCCCUCGCAGGAGGAAUUCACCUCCUGGUCGUCUGAUGACAAGGAGCAGUUCAGAAUCUACAGGGUGGACAUCUCUGACACUCUGAUGUACGUCUAUGAAAUGUUGGGGGCCGAGCUGCUCAGUAACCUCUACGACAGGCUGGGCAGGCAGCUGAUGGACCCACAGCAGUCUGCAAUAUGGCAGGACACGGAGGCCCUGCUGUUUGGCUUCCAGUCCAUAGCUGAGACCAUAGAUGUGAACUACUCUGAUGUUAUCCCAGGUCUUAUCGGCCUGAUUCCCAGAAUCAACAUCAGCAACGUCAUGCUGGCCGACACUGUCAUGUACACCAUUGGAUCCCUGGCUGAGUGGCUGGCCGACCACCCGGUGAUGCUGGGCGGCAUAUUACCCAUGGUGCUCCAGGGUCUCGUGAAGGCGGAGCUGUCUGUGUCCAGUGUGUCUACUCUGAAGAGGAUCUGCAGAGAGUGCAGACAUGACCUCAGCCCCUACGCUCAGGACAUCCUGUCUGUGUCACAGGAUGCACUGAUUAAAGAAAUCCAUAAGAGCAGCCAGUGCAUGUGGCUGAUGCAGGCUCUGGGUUUCCUGCUGUCGGCCCUGCCAGCAGACGAGAUCCUGGCCCGACUUCACUCUCUCAUCACCCCUCACAUCCAGCGGCUGGACACACUGGCCCAGCACGAGCCUGAUCCCACUAAUAAACCGUCCAUUGUGCACAUCCUGGGGAUGAUGUCCAGUCUCUUCACCACUCUGGACAUCAACAGACAAGCAGACGACCUAGAAGGAACACCCAGUCCCAGACUCACACCCUCACAGAGCCCAGUUGUGGUUGUGCUUCAACAAGUGUUCACACUGAUCCAGACCAUCCUCAGCAAGUGGCUUGAUGACUCCGAGGUGGUGGAGGCGGUGUGUGGCGUCUUUGAUAAAUCCGUUCGAACCCUCCUACAUGAUUUCGGGCCCAUGGUGUCUCAGCUGAGCGAGAUGCUGGGGCAGAUCUACAGCGCCUACCCACAAGCCUCUGCACUGGACCUGGCGCGGCAGAUGGUUCACAUAUUUGCAGGAGACGACCAUCACAGCUCGAACAUCAGAGGCCUCAGUGAAGUCUUGACUACUGCUACGCUCUCAAUAUUUCAACAAGGUCCACGGGAUCAUCCUGAUAUAGCAGAAUCAUUUAUGCACCUCCAUGCUCAGAUUCUUAAAAGAAAACCUGAUUUGUACCUGUCUGAUCAGCUGGAUAAAAAAGCUCUGUUUUACUGUGGGAUUUUAUCACUCAAGUUUCCAGAGACGCCCACAGUAAAAGCUGCCAGUCUAUUCUUUACAGAGCUGCUGCCUCGCUGUAAAGACAUGCCAUGUCUCGGUGAAGUGUUGCAGAGGGAUGGAAAGCUCCUGACAGAGACCAUACUCCAGGCGGUCGGAGGCGGCUCUCCUCGCAGUCUGACGGAGCAUUUCUCUGAGGUGCUGCUGAGUCUGAACAGACACUGUCCUGCUCUGUUGUCCCAGUGGCUGAAAGACACGCUGCAGAGCCCAGGAUUCCCCUCGGCUCAGGUCUCCACAGAACAGAAACACACCUUCACUCAGCAGCUCCUCAGGGAGCAAACCAACAAGCGUCGUGUGAAGGAGAUAGUGAAGGAGUUCUCUCUGCUCUGUCGAGGCCUGCAGGGCUCUGGAUACUCGGAGUACUAGUCUGAGCUGCCAGAGCUGCCGAGGACAGUCGAAAGGAAAAAGAAACGAUCUGAAUCUGUUUCCGUGACAAAUGGGAUAGGAUUGUGGCAGGUGACACUGGACGACCAAAGACCAGAUCACUUGAAGUGAGCGGAGAGAGAGUGGACGAUGAUGAGGAUGAAUGAGCCUCUGGGCAAAGUGUUUAUAAUAAAAUAACGAUUGUGGAGAAUAAAAUGAAAUGAGAAGGUGUCA